UAUAGUUCGCUUUCUUCUAACCACACUUUUCUAUCUGUUGUUCUACGGUCUGCAUCAGAUACCCAAGAACACUUUUGCGACGGACAUCCUUAUCGCUCUUUGCUACAUUCUGCUGCCGCUUUCUUCCGGAAUAGCCGAGCGAAAAAAGACGCAUAUCCCUUUGCACAAAGUUUACACAUCAAAGCCUCCAGUGUUAUUCCAAGAGCCCUUUUUCCGCUGGAAGCACCUCUUUGAAAUUUCUGGGUCCUGAAGCCACCAUUAGAAGCUUUUCCCUUAAGCCCUAACCGUCCAUAUCACCCUGGCUGAUCUGCCUAACCUUCCCAGAGUUUCUUUUUCUUCUCCUUCCGCCUCAUUACCCAAGCAGAGGAAAGCCGGGUGCACUAACUCUACCCCUCUUUUACAAUGCCCACUCCACGCAAACCAAGCGCGCGCCAGCAGUCGCCGUUUGAAGAGUCGCCUUAUCCGCCCAUCGCCGAGCAGUUUGACAACAUGGAGUUUUCCGAUAUGGCGCCGAAUUUCGGGGGAACCCGUCCACAGUCGCUUCAGACAGACGUAUCGGACAUGGAUUCCAUCAUGAAGUCGCCAGUAAUGGAUACGUUUGAGUUUGAAACUGGCCCAUACGCUUCACCUGGCUCUUCCAGAGUGCCCUCCGGGCCCGGCUUGCCCUCCAGGCCCGGUCCCACAAAAGCCACCAACCCAUAUAGACAAACCACGCCGAAGCUCAGCGACGCUUUCGAACGCUCCAUCGAGUACUCGGAAGAACCCCCCGACGCUUCCCGUGACCCCCCGCACAUCCAGCUCCACCUCCCGGAUAACCACACGGGCCAUGAGGGUGACACGAUGAAGCGGCACCGGUGGGGGACCCAGCGCACCAAAAAGGGCAAACCCGCAGGGAUGGCGCGCUCCAAGACGCUCCGUUGGAAGCGCCAGACCAGCCAGAAACCACUCUCCCGGCGCAACUCGACCGACCACGUGGAUGAAGACGAAUCGGACGACGAGAACGAUCGCAAGAACGAGCUCCGCACGAUCUACUUCAACCUCCCGCUCCCGGACGACCUUCUCGACCCUUCCACCCGCGAGCCGGUUGCUACAUACCCCCGCAACAAGGUCCGUACGACCAAGUACACGCCGCUUUCAUUCGUGCCAAAGAAUCUCGCAUUUCAGUUCAAGAACGUGGCGAAUGUGUACUUCCUCAUUUUGAUCGUGAUGGGCUUCUUCUCUAUCUUUGGGGUCCCGAAUCCGGCUGUGUCAGCUGUUCCGCUCAUCGUUAUUGUGGUUAUUACGGCCGUGAAGGACGCGAUUGAGGACUCACGGCGCACGUUAUUAGACGCCGAGGUGAACAACACGCCGACCCACAUUCUCCAGGGGGUGGAAAACGCAAACACUUCCGACGACAACAUUUCUGCGUGGCGCCGCUUCAAGAAGGCGUGCACGCGCGGUGUCGUCGUGACGUUCCGCUACUUCAAUGGGGUGUUUACAAAGGACGGCCGCGUCCAGCGGACGCGUGAUAAGGAGGAGGCCGCGAGGAAGGAUGCGCCCCGUAAGCUGUUCCAGCGCGACAGCUUUGACAGCUACAUGUCCGACGACCGCCGCAAGUCCUUCCAGAUGGCCGACCUCUCCAAUCCUUUCACCGACAGCAACGCCGUGAACACGAUCCUUGAUCCGUCGCUUCCGCUUGACACAUCUGUACGCUUCCGCAAGCUGUACUGGAAGAGCGUCAAGGUUGGGGACAUUGUGCGCAUUCACAAUAACGACGAAAUCCCGGCGGACGUGGCGAUUCUUGCAACGUCCGAUGCCGAUGGUGCCUGCUACGUCGAGACAAAGAACCUCGACGGUGAGACCAACUUGAAGGUGCGCCAGGCGUUGAAGUGUGGCGGCCGUCUCCAGCGUGCGGCCGAUUGCUCGCGCAUGAAGUUCUGGCUCGAGAGUGAAGGUCCGCACGCCAACCUCUACUCGUACCAAGGGAAUCUCAAGUGGGAACGCGGAGAGGUUUCCAACGAAGCAAUCACCAUCAACAACAUGUUGCUUAGAGGGUGCUCGCUCCGUAACACGAAAUGGGCCGUGGGGAUUGUAGUGUUCACCGGAACCGACACGAAGAUCGUUCUCAACGCGGGAAUCACGCCGACAAAGCGCUCGCGUAUUACACGCGAGUUGAACGUUUCCGUGCUCCUCAACUUUGUUCUCUUGUUUGUCAUCUGCUUCGUAUCCGGGAUCGUCAACGGGGUGUACUACGCGCGCAAGAAUGAGUCGCGCCAGUUCUACGAGUUUGGUGACAUUGCUAACGGCGCCGCCGCCAACGGGAUCGUUGGCUGCUUUGUUGCGGUCAUUCUCUACCAGUCAUUGGUACCGAUUUCCCUCUAUAUCUCCAUUGAGAUCAUCAAGACUGCCCAGGCGUUCUUCAUCUACAGCGAUGUGCUCAUGUACUACGCUCGUCUCGACUACCCGUGCACACCAAAAUCCUGGAACAUCUCCGAUGACCUCGGCCAGAUCGAGUACAUUUUCAGCGACAAGACCGGGACACUAACCCAAAACGUGAUGGAGUACAAGAAGUGUACGAUCAACGGGAUUACGUACGGACGGGCGUAUACCGAGGCGCUCGCGGGCAUGCGCAAGCGCCAGGGCAUCGACGUUGAGUCCGAGGGUGCGCGUGAGCGCGAGUUGAUCCGCAUCGACAAGGACGUAAUGCUUGAGAAGCUCCACGCAAUCAACCGCAACCCGCAGCUCACGGAGGCAAAGGUCACCUUCGUCUCCAGCGAGUAUGUCGAUGACUUGAACGGUGCCAAGGGGGGGUACCAACAGAAGUGCAACGAACACUUUAUGCUCACGCUCGCCUUGUGCCACUCGGUGAUUGCCGAGCCGUCCAAGACUGACCCGGACAAGCUCGUGUACAAGGCGCAGUCGCCGGAUGAGGCGGCGCUUGUGGGGACCGCGCGCGACACGGGGUUCACGUUCCUUCUGCGAACGAAGAAGGGGCUCGUGGUGAAUGUGCAGGGUGAGGACAAGGAAUACCAGAUCCUUAACACGUUGGAGUUCAACUCGACGAGAAAGCGCAUGAGCGCCAUCGUCAAGAUCCCGUCUGCGAACCCUUCCGAGCCGCCAAAGGCGUUGUUGAUCUGCAAGGGGGCGGAUUCGAUCAUCUACUCGCGUUUGCGCAAGGACAACGACCAGGACUUGCUUGAACGGACGGCUCUCCACCUUGAAGAGUUUGCCACGGAGGGGCUCCGGACGUUGUGCAUCGCACAGCGCGAGUUGUCGUGGACGGAGUACGAGGAGUGGAACCGCAAGCACGAGAUCGCGCUGGCGGCAAUCACCAAGCGUGAGGAGAAGAUGGAGGAGGUGGCAGACUCCAUUGAGCGGGAGUUGAUUUUGCUCGGGGGAACCGCUAUUGAAGACAGACUCCAGGACGGUGUUCCGGACUCGAUUGCCAUCCUUGGCCAGGCGGGGAUCAAGUUGUGGGUGCUCACCGGGGACAAGGUCGAGACCGCGAUCAACAUUGGGUUUUCAUGCAACUUGCUUGGGAACGACAUGGAGUUGUUGGUGAUCAAAACGGAGGGCGAGGACAUUGCGAGGCUCGUGGAUGGCUCGCAGGAGCCAAAGAUGAUUGUGGAUGCGCUCAUCACCAAGUACUUGGCCAAAUUCCAGUUGCAGGGCUCGAUGGAGGAGCUUGUGGCCGCAAAGGGCGACCACACGCCUCCGAAUCCGAACUUUGGGGUGGUUAUCGAUGGUGACGCGCUCAAACUUGCUCUCCAGGGCGAGACCCAGCGCAAGUUCCUCCUCCUCUGCAAGCAGUGCAAGGCUGUGUUGUGCUGCCGCGUUUCGCCGGCGCAGAAGGCGGCGGUGGUAAAGAUGGUUAAGGAAACGUUGGACGUCAUGACCCUUGCGAUCGGCGACGGUUCGAACGACGUGGCGAUGAUCCAGGCGGCGGACGUGGGGGUGGGCAUUGCGGGCGAGGAGGGUCGCCAGGCGGUGAUGUCUUCCGACUACGCCAUUGGCCAGUUCCGCUUCCUCACUCGGUUGAUCUUGGUCCACGGUCGCUGGUCGUACAAGCGGUUGUCGGAGAUGGUUCCGUGCUUUUUCUACAAGAACGUGAUUUUCUCCAUUGCGCUUUUCUGGUACGGGAUCUAUAACGACUUUGACGGCUCUUACUUGUUUGAAUACACCUACUUGAUGUUCUAUAACCUUGCCUUCACGUCGAUUCCGGUGGUCUUAAUGGGCAUUGUCGACCAGGACGUUUCGGAUGUGGUGUCGCUCUUGGUACCGCAGUUGUACAAGACUGGUAUCUUGCGCAGCGAGUGGACGAUUACGAAGUUCUGGUGGUAUAUGGGGGACGGGCUCUACCAGUCGGUCAUCUCCUUCUACUUCCCGUACCUCUGCUUCUACAAAGGCUUUGUCGGAAUGGACGGCUUGACCCGCGACCAUCGUUUCUGGAUGGGGAUGUAUGUGGCCACUAUAGCUGCUGCCGCAUGCAAUAUUUACAUUUUGUUCCACCAGUAUCGCUGGGACUGGCUCCUGAGCUUGCUUGUGGCGGUCUCCAUCUUGCUUGUGUUUGGCUGGACCGGGGUCUGGACGAGUUUCACCAGUUCGCAGGAGUUUUACAACGCAGCGUCGCAGGUCUACGGCUCUGCGUCCUUCUGGGUAUGCUUGUUUGUUGGGAUCAUGGCCUGUAUCUUGCCGCGCUUUGCCUAUGACUUUGCUCAGAAGCUCUACUUCCCUAAGGAUGUUGAUAUCGUCAGGGAGUGUGUGGCCAGAGGCGACUUUGCUGCUUAUCCGUUGAACUACGAUCCUACCGACCCAGACAGAGUCAAGAUUUCGGACUACUCCAGAGGGAAGUCCAUGGACGCUCCUCGCAUGAGCAUGUCCUCGGAUGUGUCGUCUAUGGUAACCGCCACGGUUGGUGGGACCGACUUGAAUAUAACCAGACCGAACCGCUCGACUAUGCUUUCGGGUUACGGCUCGCCAUCAUUGUUUGAAACAUAUGGUGAGGGCUUCCCUGAGGCGGAAGCGAGAACGUCGUUGGAGCGCACAAGACGAUCGAUGGCGGAAGAGAGAGGGCCUAUGCGGAGGUCAAUGGACCGUCCGCGGACUUCGUUGGAGAUUCCGAGUGUGACGACGGCUGUGGGAUUAAUCAAGACGUUGUCUAAUGGAAGGCAGGUUCUCUAGGUGUGAUAGUGUUCCAGGAGUUCAAGUCUAUAGGAAUUUCAGUGAUUCGCCCCUUAUACCACAUUUGUUAGUCGAUCUCAAAUGUAUCCAUACAUAUUGUCAUUUUAAUCUGCUUGUUUAUAUUGCUUUUUUUUUCUUUCUUGGGACUCCCUUUCUGUUCCUGCUUUUUUCUGGCGAGUCGUUUUUUAAUCCUUUU